CGCAGCGAGCUGUCAAAAAUUUUCACUUGCGUGCGUAUUCAAUCACGUUGGUGGUGGCCGCUGAUUUAUUUGAGAUUUUCAACGUGAAGUAGUGUGUGAUUGUGAAAAAGGAUCCUCUGUCGUUAAAUCGUGCGGGUGGCCGUACCGGAACAGCUCCUAAAUGGCGGAGUGAGCAAAUCUGGGCGCUCGUUUUGGAAAAUAAGGCCCGGUUCCAGCUGCGGACUUACCCGGCCGCCGUCAUGACGUGGCCUUCAAGACGGAGUACAGCUGACAUGGUGCAGAACUCGUUCCGGGUGUUGGUUCUGCCGAGUGACGGACCAGGGGACUAUUUCGAUCGUGGAUUACGGAUGAGCCAAGUAAUGCUGCUGGGGAGUUUCUUUCCGGAUGAAAUCAAUGGAAACAGUGCAACAAUCUCAUCCACGGGUCAACUGAUCACCAAGAGGGCAAUCUUACUGCAACCAGACUUCAUCAGUGUUCUGUUCUCGACUGAAGGUUCAUCGCUGGGAAUUCGAAUUGAAGUUUGUAACACGCACCACACGAACACAAACGUACACAGCUUUUUGGGCCAAUACAAUAAGAACCAUAAAAAUACUGUAUUUAAUUAUAUAUUUCAUUGUCCAUAUUCAUUUUUUACAGUAUAA